GAGGAUGCUGCGUCUGUGAACCAUUGUACCCGAGCAUAAUCCAUGCAGUGUCUUGGAUCGCAUCUCCCGGUGAUAUUUUCAGGGAUAUAAGGUGAUAUGCGCAUAGGUUAUCAAGGCUCAGGAACGCGGUAAAGGCGUUUUGAAGGUUCCCAGUGUCUGUGAAUCCGGACUAUUUUGCGCGCAGUCUUGUUCAGUCGCGUCAUCGCCGACUUCUGUUAGACGCAAAGAGAAAAAAAGAAAGGACUUGAUAGUCUCCUGACUCUUAAAUUAUUCAGGUAUACCGCUUCUUCGCGCUCAACAUAUGCUCGACUCUUUGUCUUACAUCCUCCGUGCAUGAUCUUAAAACAAGAUCCCCUAAGUGGUGGUGACACGGAUGAAAGCCGAUGGCCAAGCUCCCCCAAUUUCCUCAGAAGGGGGAUGCAACCUAAAAUAACCCCGGUGCCAAAUGCUUUUUGCACAUCGCAAGGCGAGGGAGCCCUGAAUUUGUGACACGGCUUCUCUGGAGACAGUGUCCGUCCCUGUCCCCUCUCUCGGAGCCCGGACAUCGACGACUUUAAUGGCUUUUGUGUUCAGGAGAUGGAGGGUCUUACUGGUGCUGAACGUGCUCGCCGUGGCCGGUUUCAUGACUUUCUGGGCCAAGUGCAAUACACGUAGCGUCCCGGCCGUCGGUCAGGAGGCUACGGCUGAUGGGAAGAGGCCCCGGGGCAACGGGACGGCGCAGCAGGGCGCCGGCAUUAGUCAUGAGGUGCUGCUCAAGAGACUCGGCUCUCUGGAGGACGUGGUGUACAGGCAAUUAAAUGGUCUUUCUAAAUCUCUCGGCCUCAUUGAGGGCUUUGGGGGUCGAGGUAAAGGUGGCCUCCCUGCCACCCUGUCACCAGCUGAGGAGAGUGAUGCAAAAUACCUGAGGGAGAAGUAUGGAUAUAAUGCCUACCUCAGUGACAAAAUCUCUCUGGAUCGGACCAUCCCGGACCACCGUCCCAGCAAAUGCAGGAAGGUCAGCUACCCGAGAGACCUCCCCCAGAUCUCCCUCAUCUUCAUCUUCGUCAACGAGGCUCUGUCAGUGAUCCUCCGCUCAGUGCACUCAGCUGUCAAUCACACACCAGCUCACCUGCUCAAAGAGAUCAUCCUGGUGGACGACAACAGCGAUGACGAGCAACUCAAAGGACCACUGGAGGAAUACGUGAACAAGCGCUACCCCGGCCUGGUGAAGAUCGUCAGGAACCAGAAGAGAGAGGGGCUGAUCCGCGCCAGAAUCGAGGGCUGGAAGGUGGCCAGUGCCGAAGUGACCGGCUUUUUUGAUGCCCAUGUGGAGUUCACUCCUUCCUGGGCCGAGCCAGUUCUGGCCAGAAUCAAAGAAGAUCACAAGAGGAUCAUCUUGCCCUCCAUUGACAACAUCAAACAUGACACGUUCGAGUUGGAGCGCUACGAGAACUCAGGCCACGGAUACAACUGGGAGCUGUGGUGCAUGUACAUCAACCCGCCCAAGCAGUGGUGGGACGAGGGCGACACCUCCGCACCCAUCAGGACUCCUGCUAUGAUUGGCUGCUCCUUCGUGGCCAACCGAGAUUAUUUUGGAGAGCUCGGCCUGCUCGACUCCGGCAUGGACGUCUAUGGAGGGGAGAACAUCGAACUAGGCAUCAGGGUGUGGCUGUGUGGAGGCAGUAUGGAGGUGCUGCCUUGCUCCAGAGUGGCUCACAUCGCACGGAUGAAGAAACCCUAUCACAGCAACAUAGCUUUCCACACGCGCCGCAACGCCCUGCGAGUGGCUGAGGUCUGGAUGGAUGAGUACAAGUCCAACGUCUACCUGGCCUGGAACAUCCCCAUGGAGAACCACGGCAUUGAUUAUGGUGAUAUCUCCCAGAGGCUGGCGUUGAGGAAAAGCCUGCAGUGUAAGAGCUUUGAGUGGUACCUCGACAAUGUCUACCCGGAGAUGAGGAGGUACAACAACACUCUCUUCUAUGGCGAGAUUCGAAACUCUAAAGUGAGCCACCUGUGUAUGGAUCAGGGUGUGAAGGAGAACCACACAGCCACCCUGCACCCCUGCCAUGGGUGGGGCCCUCAGUUAGGACGCUAUACCAAAGAGGGCCAGCUGUUCCUGGGCCCUCUGGGCAGCACAGGGGAGGACACCCGCUGCGUGGUGGAUGACCAGGUCAGCAGCUUCCCUCAGCUCCUCAACUGUGACAAGGUGCCAAACGUGAAACAGAAGACGUGGCAUUUCACUCAGAAUGAAUCAAUCAUAAAUCGAGCCACGGGACGCUGCCUGGAAGUGGUGCCCGCCAACGUUUACUUCGGCCACCUGCUGGUCCUGCAGGCCUGCUCGGGGCAGAGGUGGACCAUCAAGAACACCAUGAAGCAGUAGUCACCCUGCCAGUCUGCUGGGACCAACAACACCAAGGGCCAUUUUUUUAAAAGAGCUGUUGCUGACAAACGCAGAGAGGCCGCAUGCCUACUCAGCUUUGCCAAAGGACAUCUGAUGAAGCAGAGGCUGAUGUCAUCGUCCUCUUUACAAAAAGAGACCGAUGGAGGAUAAAGAGAUAGGCUGGACAGAAUAUAACAGUAUGGUGACUGUUUUGGGAGCUGGUCGUUUUUACAGACCGGGCAUUAUGAAAGACAAAAGUGUCGCAUUAAGACUGUUUCUCUCUCCAUCUGAAUACGACAACCCUCUGAUGUGCUGUUGCCAUAAUUCCUUGUAUCUGCCACCUUCUCCACUUUGUUCUUAGGUGUAAGGAUGCUGAUUUUGCCAAAACUCUGUGUCCUGUCAGGCAUUUUGGUAGAGUCUAAAAUGGAGUGUGCAUCCUUCUGUG